AUGGCCUCCGCAACCACGCUCUACGACUUCAGCCCCCCCGAUAAAAAGGGAAACCCCUACCCCCUCGCCCCUCUCCGCGGCAAGGUCGUGCUCAUCGUCAACACUGCCUCCAAGUGCGGCUUCACACCGCAAUUCGCCGGCCUCGAGAAACUCUACAAAUCCGUCGAGGCCAAGCAGCCCGGCGCCUUCACCAUCUUGGGCUUUCCGUGCAACCAGUUUGGGAACCAGGACCCUGGAAGCAAUGACCAGAUCCAGGAUUUCUGUCAAGUCAACUACGGUGUCACUUUCCCUGUGCUGGGCAAGGUCGAUGUGAACGGGAACAACGCCGACCCGCUGUUCGAGUGGAUCAAGAAGGAGAAGCCGGGGCUCUUUGGGAUGAAGAGGGUGCUGUGGAAUUUCGAAAAGGCGUUGAUCAACAGCCAGGGCGAGGUCGUUGGCCGAUGGAGAAGCAUUACCAAGCCCGAGUCUCUCGAGGAAACCAUUCUCCAGGAGAUCGAAAAGGCUAAGAAGAGCGGCAGUGCUUCGGCCACGACUGAAUCCGCGCCUGCUGCAACCGACAGCGCAGCACCGGCACAGCCUGAGGGUGAGCCCAAAUUGGCUUGA